GGCCAAGUCCAAAUGCUUGGCCCCAAGAAAACACUCUCUCGUCGCUGGCGCGGCGGGCGGGCAUGUGUGCUACAUAUGAGCUGGCGGCGUCCGCUGCCUUCUCUGCCCAAGAUGCCGCCUUGCUGUCGCUGUUGAUGUCCUCCUGCCCACCGCCAUCGGCCGUCGACAGCAGCUUCCCAUCACGCCUAGCGCCAAUUCCGUCACCAUGCCCGCCUCUACGAAUCCACCGCGACACGACAGCGACUCAGACGACACGCACGAUCCCUUUGCGACACCGCCCAUAGACUCUACGAACACACCUACUCCGCCGCGACCCGUAGCGUAUCCUGCUGGCAGAACCACUGCAGAGAACUGGCAUACUGGACCCAGACCACCGCUAUCGCCGACCAGCUCUCACCAUGAUUCGCUCACCUUCCCCACCAAGUCGGCGUCCAUGUCCUCGUCAAAUACCAGCACUACUACACCCAUAUCGUCCAUUGAUUUGGAGAAAGGCGGUCUCGGACGCGAAAUAGAACCAGAACAGCCCAAGAAGCAAAGGCAAAGCAGCAGAGAUCCCGAGAAAGCCGCGCAAAGUCCGUCACGGCAGUCACGGCAGUCUCGAGAUCGACACUCACGAACACACAAUACUCGCAUCGCUUACGUCGAAGAAGACGAUGUCGACGACACCACAUUAUUACAAGAAUCGAAGGCCGUGAAGAUUCUGCUUUUCUUGGCCGGUCCUUGCGCAUUACUAUCUGCGCUCAAUGCAUUCUGGACCCUCAUCUCUCUCUUCAUUACCAUCAUGACCCAGCCUGUCCGUCUCUGCGCUCGCAGGCCGACAUUCGGUCAGCAGCUUGGUGGACUCGUCGGCCCUGCACUGAACCUGCAGCUCCGGAGCAUCUACACACCCCUGCCACCUCACGCCGACGAGGACACCUCAUAUCGUCCCGGAAUGCUAGUCCUCGUCAUGCUCUUAUCACCAUUUCUCAGCAUGGGCAUGGCUUUGGCUGCCUGGGUCUCCGCGAUUUUCUGGCUAUCCUCAGCAGUAGUCGGAGAUCCAGCCGGGAUGGACAAGCGAGAUGAUGGAAGGGAGACAGUAAUGGCUUUACGGAACUGGUGGGAGAAGUGGUUAGUGGGAAGCAUGCGAGAAGAUUGAGAAGUGAUUCACAGGACGCAGUUUGUGAAAGGAUUACAGAUCACACACUCUUGGAUUUAGCGAGGCGCUGGGGGCGUAAACUGACGAAACCAUUGAUACCAAUUUGUAUUUUUGUAGAAGUGUAUGAAUGCUGCAGAGCAGAUGAAGG